AUGCCGACGAUACCGCUGCUGUGGCGUAAUAUCCUCAAGUGCGCGGUCGCGUACUUUAUCGGCUCGCUGUUUACGUUCUCGCCGUACCUCUCGCGGUUCAUCACGGACGUCACUUCGUCCGGCGAGAAGCGGCCGUCGCCCUCGGGCCAUAUGGUCGCCACCGUCGCGGUCUACUUCAACCCGGCGAAGACGGCGGGCGGGAUGAUCGAAGCCGACAUCUUCUGCCUCCUCGGCCUGUUCUGGGCCGCGUUCGUCUCGCUCGGCUCGAUGGCCUCCUUCUGGUUCUUCGAGGUCCGGCGUGGGUGGGAAUGGCUCGCGGACGCGCUCGGCCUGCUCUGGGUCGGGGUCGGGAUGAGCCUGAUGGCGUUCGCCAAGGUGAAGAUGGCCAAGCCGAGCUUCAACCCGGCGUGCAGCAUGGCGGCGAUCAUCUUAUUCGUCGUGGUGGUGAAGGAGGGCGGGCUGCAGACGCUGUUCCAGGUCUCGGUGAUCGUCUUCACGGGCACGGUCGUCGCCAACGUCGUCUGCUUCUGUCUCUGGCCCCAGUCCGCGACGGCGCAGCUCCAGGCGAACAUGGUCGGCACCCUCGACUCGUUCGCGACGCUGCUCCGCAUGAUCACCGCCGCCUUCUUGCUCGAGGGCGCGCCCGGGGACGGCGAGCGGCUGAAGCGCGCGGUCGAGAGCCACGAGCGGAGCUUUACGGUGUUGAAGAAGAAUUUGGGAGAGGCGAGGAGGGAGGUGGGUGGGCCGGGGACGGCGGGGAAGAGAGGGGAGGAGAGGGGGAAGAGGCAGGUGCUCGGGAGGGCGUACGAGGACGCGGUGGACUGUUUGAAUCGGCUCGGGCAGCAUCUGAACGGGCUGAGGGGAGGGACGACCCUGCAGUAUGAGCUGACGAAGGCGUUGAGGGAUGGGAGGCUGAGGCCGGAGGGCGCGCCGGAGGUGAAGGGGAAGGUGCCCGGCGGGGAGGGGGACGAUAAGGGCGCGCCGCCGACGACGGAGGAGGAGGCGAUGUUGCGCGCCGCGGCGAUCAUGUUUGGGGACCUCAUCGACGACCUCGGGCCGCCCCUCAAGGCGCUCUCGUCUACGUGCGUGGGCAGUCUGAAGGAGCUCCGCGAGGCGUUCUUGCGCGUGAGCGACCGUGACGGCGCGGCGUUCCGUGCGAGGACGUUCCAGGAGCUGGACGCGUCCAUCAAGCGCGCGCUGUACACGUUCGAGAGCACGUCCAACCAUGCGCUGAUGCGGCUGUACCAGAAGAGCGUGCAGUCGGAUUAUGCGGGUGCGCAUGCGGAGCAGCACCGGGCGAGGGAGUCGGUGGCGAGCUUUACCGGCGUCGGGAACGAGUCGGAAAACCUGUUCUUGGUGUAUUUUUUCAUCUUCACGCUCCAGGAGUUUGCGGGGGAGCUGCUCGCGCUGGUGGACGCCGUCGGGAGGAUAUACGAGGUCGAGCGCGAGGCGAUGAUGCGCGGUCCUUGGUGGAAGCGGAUGUUCACGGGGCCGUGGCAGCGCGUUCGGGAGCUGUUUCGACGGUCGGAGGCGCCGUCCUUUAUCUUGCCCGGGUCGGGCGUGCGCCAGAUCGCGUUCCCGAAGGUGCGCCCGCACGCGCCGAACACGAAGCAGACGCCGGCCCGCGCGGACCUGCCGUUCUGGGGCCGGGUGAAGCAGGCGGUCUGGGCGGCCGGGUCGAGGUUGCGGGAGAACGACGCGAAGUACGGGGUGAAGACGGGGCUCGCGACGGCGAUGCUCGCCGCGCCCGCGUUUUUCGAGGCGACGCGACCUGUUUUCUUGGAGUAUCGAGGGGAGUGGGCGUUGAUUUCGUUUUUCGUGGUGAUGUCGCCGACCAUAGGCGCGACGAAUAACCUUAGUAUACACCGCGUGUUGGGCACCAUCUUCGGCGCGGCCACCGCGGCCGGCAUAUGGACGCUGUUCCCUGAAAACGCUGUCGUGCUCUCCAUCUUUGGAUUCUUUUACUCGAUACCCUGCUUUUACAUUAUCGUGGCGAAGCCGGCGUUGGCGACCACCGGGCGGUUCCUCCUGCUGACCUAUAAUCUGACUUGCUAUAACCUUCGGCAGAGAGACGUUUCUGUGAUCGAUAUUGCGGUCCAUCGAUCUACUGCCGUGAUCGUCGGCGUUUUGUGGGCCUUCCUCGUUUCGCGAUUCUGGUGGCCUACGGAGGCGCGUAGGGAGCUGUCAAAAAAGCUGGGAGACUUCUGCCUCAACCUCGGAUGGCUGUACACGCGUCUCGUCGCGCACAACUCGUUCGCGACCGAUCCUCCGAGGGUCACGAACGGCGAGGACGACAACGACGACGACGACGACGAUCACCCGACUGAAGAGACGUCCCUGCUCGCGAGGAAGACGGCCGCAACGAAGCUGAACAACUCGAUCUCGGAGUUCAUGGCGAUGGAACUGCAUCUGCAAAUCCAGCUCAUCGAAAUGCAGGGUUUGCUGGCGCAGACGGCGCACGAACCACGGCUGAAAGGACCGUUCCCGAUACAACUCUAUCGCAACAUCUUGACGUCGCUGCAGACGAUAUUGGACAAACUGCACAGCAUGCGUUGUGUGACUACCCGAGAAGAGUGUAUCAGAAGGGACUUCAUCGUGCCCGUGAACAAGGAACGGCGCGAGAUGGUCGGGAACAUCAUCCUCUAUCUCUCGGUGCUGUCCUCGACUUUCCGGCUCAAAGCGCCGCUCCCGCCGUAUCUCCCGCCCGCCGCACAAUCACAAGAACGUUUGGUGGACGCGAUCCGAGAACUGGAGGUCGUGAAAAACCGCGAGGUGAAGGGCUCCCGGCAGCUGCUCUUCUUCGCGUACGCGUUGACGAUGAAAGGGGUCAUACACGAGUUGGAUUAUCUAGGCAAGACUCUGCAGGAUGCGUUCGGAGUCAUCGGGCAAACGACCGAAGAGUUCGAGGCGAUGUUCAGGGAAAGGCCGGCAUCGGAAAUCCAGGAUUCCGUUUGA